UCUCAGCGGUGCUCUGUUUGCGGCUGGAGAAGAUGGCUGCGCGUGGAGGUUAUCAGCCUGCGACACCGGGUGGCGGCGGCGGGGCAGUAGCAGCAGCAGCAAUGGGACCCGGGCCGCCGGUGGCCGGUGCAGGGCCCGGUAUGGGUCCCGGUACCCCAGCAGGACGGAUGGGACCCGGCGGUCCGCAGAACCACAUGUACCGAUCACCGAUGCCUGGGCCCGGAUACCCGAGACCAGGAAUGCCUCCAGCGAGUCGUAUGACACCUCAGGGACCACCAAUGGGACCCCCGGGUUACGGGUCCAGUCCAGUGUCCCGCCCAGGCAUGCCAGUCAUGGACCCGUCCCGCAAGAGACCGGCGCCAACUCAGAUCCAACAGGUCCAGCAACAGAAUCGCAACCAACAUGCCAAGAAGAAGAAAAUGGCAGAUAAAAUUCUACCUCAAAGAAUUAGAGAACUUGUUCCCGAGUCUCAGGCGUACAUGGAUCUGCUGGCAUUUGAGCGUAAACUCGAUCAAACCAUCAUGCGCAAGAGACUCGAUAUUCAGGAAGCUCUCAAGAGACCCAUCAAGCAAAAACGAAAGCUACGUAUAUUUAUCUCCAACACCUUCAAUCCGGCCAAACCCGAUGCUGAGGACGGAGAGGGAACCGUUGCGUCCUGGGAGCUGCGUGUGGAGGGGCGACUUCUAGAGGAUACUGCUGUGUCCAAAUAUGAAGCCACCAAACAAAAGAGGAAGUUCUCCUCUUUUUUUAAGUCUUUAGUGAUCGAGUUGGACAAAGACUUGUAUGGACCCGACAAUCAUUUGGUGGAGUGGCACAGAACAGCUACGACUCAGGAAACGGAUGGAUUUCAGGUGAAGAGACCCGGUGAUGUUGGUGUGCACUGUACUGUACUGCUCAUGCUCGACUACCAGCCUCCUCAGUUUAAGUUGGACCCCAGACUGGCACGGUUGUUGGGCAUCCACACUCAGACUCGACCCGUGAUCAUUCAGGCUCUGUGGCAGUAUGUGAAGACCCAUAAACUGCAGGACCCUCAUGAGCGAGAGUUCAUCAACUGUGAUAAAUAUCUCCAACAGAUCUUUGAGUCCCCGAGGAUGAAGUUCUCAGAGAUCCCUCAGCGUCUGCAUGCGCUACUGAUGCCCCCUGAGCCAAUCAUCAUCAGCCACGUCAUAAGCGUGGAUCCCAACGAUCAGAAGAAGACGGCGUGUUAUGAUAUUGAUGUCGAGGUGGACGACACGCUGAAGACGCAGAUGAACUCUUUCCUGCUGUCAACAGCCAGUCAACAAGAGAUUGCAGGCCUCGACAACAAGAUUCAUGAGACCAUUGAAACCAUUAACCAGCUGAAGACUCAGAGGGAGUUCAUGUUGAGUUUUGCUCGAGAUCCGCAGGGCUUCAUCAACGACUGGCUGCAGUCACAGUGCAGAGACCUGAAGUCGAUGACGGAUGUGGUUGGAAACCCGGAGGAGGAGAGGAGAGCCGAGUUCUACUUCCAGCCCUGGGCUCAAGAGGCCGUCUGCCGUUAUUUCUAUUCAAAGGUCCAACAACGGCGACAGGAGCUGGAACAGGCUCUUGGCAUCAGAAACACAUAAGCCUGUGUUUGUUUCGACAGGACCAGAGAGGAUUCUGGGUAGCAAAUAUCCUGCGGCAGACCUUGAUCACUACAGUUGUAUUAGUUUAUCUUCUGUUGUCCUGCUGUAGCUGCCCAAGAUACCCCUAUCUAAGAAUUACCAUAUUUUGAUUGUGACUUGGGCCAAAUUGACACCCCUUAAAAUUCUGCCGUCGUCCAUGUUUUUACCUCUUUAAUCCAAGCUUCCCAAUGCAGUUGGUGAUGAAAGUGUUUUCAAGGUGAUUCGUUUUCCAACCAAACUGGCACACUUUGUUGGAAGUUUUCGUAAAAAAUGUAACGUCAAGCAUAAAUUCCUCUGCAAUCACACAUCGCUUAGAGAUAUACUAAUGUUGCUGAAUUCCCUACAAACGAAUCUGCAAGAAUACAUUUUCGAUGGGGUCAUUAUUUUAUUUUUUUAUUUUUUUUGUAAUAAUAAAUUUUGUCUUUGAUAUUUUAAUGUUCUCAUAAUAUGAACUAUAUGAAGAUCUAGUGUAGUCAAGUGUAAAUGACGAUUAUGGAUGUAGUUUAGAGGAAGUUCCUUGAACAAUUCUGCUGCCGUUAAGGAAAUCCUGUUGGUCAAGACCCAAGUUGGUUUUCCGAAGUUUCAGAAAUCAAGCAGUUGUUUUAGUGUGGCGUUUGUUAACGAAAGAGGCUCCACAAGUUUUGUCGUACUGCUGAUCGACCUCUGACGGUACAGUAAUUCCACUCUUACCUCGGCUUGAUUUACUGGUAAACAUAUAUGGAGAAUUACUUCUAAGAUUUGAUGAAUAAUGUGAUAAAGUAAUUAUAGUCUAUAUAGUCGACUUCAGUGUGAAACGACAAUAUGGAAAACCCACCAAUGCAAAUAUUAAUAGUUCAUGGCUCCAUUAAAAAAAAACAUUUUAUAGAUGCGCUGAAGAUGCUAGACCAUGGGUUCUCGCACAAGUUAUUUAAAGCAUUUAAAAGUCAAGUGCUUAAGACUUUAACAUUAUGAGUAGUUAAACUUUUAACUACGUGUCUUUUUCUGAAGUCAUGAGAUGCAUUUUCGAGAUCCAUUUUAUAUCUUGUUUUUUUUUUUUUCUUUAAUGGACCAAUUAUUAUUGUAUUUCUCUGUUAGCCCUUGUGUUAUAAUAAAGAUUAUCUUGUAUUGAUGCUCA